GCAUUUUGGAUACAUUUAAAGAAAAAGAAAAAAAUCUGAACCGAAUGUAAACGUGCGAAAAAGUUGUUGAGAAAAUGACGCUAAAAAUAUUCCUUUCAGCCGGAGAGUGUUAUGUGAAACUGAGAUUUUCAAAACAAUAAAAAUUUAUUUUAAGACCCACUUAAUUUGAACCAUUUAAACUUAGUCAUUCGUGUGUCGUUUUGCAAAAUAGUAAAUAGCAAAGUCAAGUAUAAUUAGCUAAUUACAGCAUGGGAUUUAGUAUUAUGGUUCUACCUACAUCCAAUUCAUGUAUUUAGACUGUGGUAGUCAUAAUAACAAACUUGACGGGAACUAUAGUGGAAAACAAAAUUUUUUUUUAUUGAAAAGUGAAUACGAUUUUGAAGAAGCAGUAUGGUGCGUUUAUCGAAAAAGGAACAGCAAGAUAAGCGCGAAUUAUUGUCGAGUAUAAAUCAAAUGAACAUUGGGGAAUCUAUGAAUGUGGACAAUGAUGCCUACCAACAUGUAAAAAAUAAUUUGGAGGAUUUGGAAGACAGAGCUGGAGCAAAUGAAACAGAUCUCGUAUUCUUGCGAGGACUGCUGGAUAGUCCUGCUGUUACUCAGUUAAUCAAAAUAACUGACUCAUUCGAAGAAGUCGCCGCACCACUUCGUCCCGUUUCGCUAAACAACAAACAACUGAUAUCGGAAAUACUUGAAAAGUGUACCGUUGCCAGACAUCCCGAUGCUAGAGAACUAGCCCGCAUACUCACCAAACCACAUGUUAAAUCACUGAUCGAAACUCACGACGAAGUCGGCGAACAGCCCGUUAAAGACAGUCCGAAACGAAUUGAAUUUGUUAACAAUCUGAUUGACAUCGAAAACAACGAAAUGCCCAGCGAAACAAUCAAAAUGGUUGGUCUGCGCCGGAAUCCCAACGAACCGUUGGGAUUGACGGUCGAAGUGGAUGAACACAAACAGUUGAUGGUUGCACGUAUACUGUCGGGCGGAAUGAUCGAUCGGCAGGGAUUGCUGCAUCCGGGUGAUGUAAUUUUGGAGGUGAACGGAGUGCCUGUGUCGACGCCGGAAGGACUGCAGGAACAAAUUUUGUUGGCCAAGGAAUCAGUGACGCUGAAAAUUGGACCGAGUUUGGAUGAAGAGAUGAAAUCAGCCAGAUUGACAAUGUCUGGUGGACAGGUAAAAAAUGGAAGAAAUUUAGAUACUGGAAAGAAACUGACGUGCUAUAUGCGUGCCCUAUUCGAUUAUGAUCCCAACGAAGACACGCUACUACCAUGCAAGGAAAUCGGAUUGGGAUUUUCACACGGAGACAUUCUUCAAAUUAUUAACGUAAAAGACCCAAACUGGUGGCAGGCCAAACAUUUUGGAAACGAUGAGCAGACUGGCUUAAUUCCAUCACAAGAACUUGAAGAAAGGCGAAAAGCUUUUGUGCCACCAGAAGCCGAUUAUGUUCAUAAGAUUAGCAUUUGUGGAACUAGAAUCUCAAAGAAGAAGCGUAAAACGUUAUACAAAUCAAAAUCGAAUGGAGAUUAUGACAAGGCCGAUAUGCAGUUAUACGAAGAAGUGACAAGGAUGCCACCGUUCAAGAGGAAGACAUUAAUCCUAAUCGGUGUCCAGGGCGUAGGUAGACGUACUCUGAAGAACCGUUUGAUCAACAGCGAUCCAGAGAAAUUCGGAACGGUUAUACCACAUACAUCUAGGGCGCCGCGUGUCCUGGAAGAGAAUGGAAAAGGAUACUGGUUCAUGGAUCGAGGGGAAAUGGAACAGGAAAUUAAUGGGAACCAAUUUUUGGAGCAUGGUGAACACAGCGGCAAUUUGUAUGGGACGCAUCUCGAUUCCAUUCGUGAAGUUAUCAAACAAGGCAAAAUGUGUGUUUUGGACUGUGCUCCCAGUGCGCUAAAAAUGUUGCAUAACAGCACCGAGUUCAUGCCGUACGUAAUAUUCAUUGCAGCGCCGGGCAUGGAACAAUUGAAACAAAUCUAUGCUGAACGAAGAGCUACAGGAGGAUCUCAACGGAAUUUGACGUUUGAUAGACAAAGCUCAAUCAGAUACAGCUCAAGGCGUGCCAGAACUCUCGAAUCAUUGGCAUCACUAUACGAGGACGAUGAUCUCGUUUCAACUGUGGAAGAGAGUGCAUUGUUACAACGAAAAUAUGAAAAAUACAUCGAUGCCGUCAUCGUGAACGAGGAUUUUGACAUCACAUUCAGAAAAGUAAUCGAAGCAUUGGAUGCUUUAAGUCACGAACAUCAAUGGGUUCCAGUUAAUUGGAUUUAUUGAACACAAUAAUACGGAAGCGUAAAAAAGACCCCCUAUUCGAAGGACUAGAUUAAGGAUAAAUUUACAAGAGAAAAACAAAAAUUAGAUUUAGUCAUUUGCCUACAACGGUAUAACGUACACGCAGGAGGAUAUAUAUUCGAACAUUGUCACCAUGAAAAUUCCAACUGAUUAACAGUCUGAUAACAAGGGUUAACAAACUAUAACAUUGCCCCAAAUUCGAAGAAGCAAAUCUCAAAAAAAGUUAUUGAAAAAUUGAGAAUACGUCAGUUACACUCAGUUUGAUGAUUUCUAUUCGGUUAAACAUGGCUUAUUUUCAGACGUUGUCUCUUUUCAUUAAAUUCUCAGAAUUUUAUUGCUCUUCCAUCAUCACAACUUCAUAAUACUCUAGUGAAUUCUUUGAAUCUAAUAGAAGGAGACGACAGACACAACGAAUAGACGAGAGGGAACCUACAUAAGAGAGUUGAACGAGAAGAAAAUUGUUGUAAGAAAUAAACACGAAAAUGCAAGUUGCACGCUAGAAAACAGAGUUGCAACUGCAAUGAUUUCCCCACUCACAAAUAGACGAAAUGUUUUCAACUUGACAUAGUUGUGGUAGUUAAAUUCUUCAAUCGUUCCACUUCAGUGCCUAAUGUAGCUAUUGUGACAAUAAAACAGUAUUGUCAUGAAAGAGGUAAAAAAAAAUUGUUUUUACAUAAGACAUUUGAGACUACUCUGUUAACAAACAUUAACACUCAGGUCUCGCGAAUCGUUUUCUCAAGUGUGCGACCUGGAAUUAUUUAGAAAUCUUAAAAAACAGUUCACGUAAGAUGGAAUCAUUUACCCUGAAUAUGGGAAUUAUAUCCAUUGGAGACAUAAUAAAUGUUUUUAAAAAAUGAUCAACCUUUCACAGACGGCAUACCGUCGGUAUCGAGUUCUUUGAAACCAGUGCCUAUUUUCGGAAUUUUUUCGAAAGUUUCCAAGAAUUUCUGUAGUUUUCAAGGAUUUCCGGGUUUUUGAAGUUUAAAUUCUUAAAAAUUCUUAAAUUUUAGAAUCUCAAGAAUUUUCAAAAAUUUACAGGAAUUCGGGAACUACCUGAGAGUUUCAAGAAUUUUAUUCAAAAACUACCGAAAUUCUUAAUUUGAGAGUUUUCAUGAAUCGAUUUCACAAAAACAGGCACUGGUUCAAAGUAGAACGACUCAAAAUCUAUUUCUUCAAAAGUUGUAAACCCGUCUGAGAAGGGUUCUAAACGUAGCACAUAUUAGGUGACAAAAAUUACUCAGCUUUCCAUAGAAAUGACAACUAUAGAUUGUACGAUUAUGUUUAAAACUAUUAAAUGGUAAAAAAACAAUCAACGUGUGUUCAUCUCAUGUAUUACGCUUAGGAGGAAUUUUUCUUUUCUUUUUUUUCUAUUAAUUCGAUUUAAGUUUCCGAACCAUGAAUUUGUUAAUAUUUUGUAGAAUUUUCGCGUUAUAUAUUUUCAACUGUUAUUCUGUUUGCUGAAGGUAAAAGAGAAAUACUUUUCUGUAAGAAAAUUGAUAUUAAUUUCGUCCAUUUUUUUUUUUAAUUUUUAUUUUUAAUUUUCAAAUUUUAAUUAUGUUGAGAAUAGAUUUUAUAGACGAGAAGAAAAAAAUGUGCAUCGCAUAAAAUGCCCUCUACUAGUAUGCAUUGGAAUGAGUGUUCAUCAUUGAAUUUUAUAUAAAAAACAAAAACUAAAAAUUUCGAAAUUUAAAUCGAAAUUUUACUUACAUUGCCAUUGUCACGUGUAAGUAACGAAAACUUAUUAACGGAAGAUGUUAGACGAUUAAAAAAAGCUUAUUUGAUGAAUGAAUCUCUGCAACAUUUUUUUUACAGACAACCGAAUGCACUGUACGAAUUGUCAGCUUUAUUGUAAUGUCGCUAACAUCUUUCCAAUAUUUAUACAAAAUUAUCGAUUGUAAUGAAUGAAAAAUAUAAAUAAAUUUGUAAAGCCAACAAUUGAA